AUGUUGUCUACAAGUGGAAGUACUUUUGUGGAGAAAGAGUUGGACCUUAAAUGUGCCGAAACAAACCAUAAUAUUUGUUUGGACGAACCAAAAAGACUUGGAUAUUACUCGUUCUAUUACAAUGAAAAAGAAAAUGUUUACUGUCCAGACAAAUCAUCUCUACGGUACUUGGACUUACCUAAUCCAGUGUCUAUCGACUUGCUUCAAGGAUAUGAUCCAAAUACCAAGAAUGGAUAUCAACAGUCGAAAAAUAAAAACUUAUUGCAAUGGAUUCUGGAAAAUGAAACAAUCGUCCGUAACUUUGAUUAUGAUUUCAUCUGUAAUAAUGGUGUAUUGAAAGAUAUUAUGACUUAUCCGUCUUAUAAUCACGAUUGGAACCUUUCUGCUGUCAAAAUCAGAGGGAAAAUCGUUUUAAAUAGAGUCGCUUCGAUUGAGAAGAAAGAAAAAAUUGAUGCGCAAUCAGAAAAAGACAACAAAUCGACUUAUGCAGCUUUCAAUUUACAACGUUUGAUUACCAAGAACAUCAAUCGUUCUGAAUUUCCUUCUGGGAUAGAAAACGGUUCAUUUUUUGGUGUUUUCCACUCAAAGAUUGGGUUGCAUCAAAUUUUGCAUUCAGGUUAUUUGGACUGUGUUGAAAGUGAACAAGAAUUGAAUAAACCUUUCGAGGAAAUGAAGUUUGUUUUGGUUAAGAAGUACAAUGGUCCGAAAGUAUCACAUACAUCUCUUCAUGCCAACACUUGGUGGUCAUUGGCUAAACUUGCUGGAGUUGAUACAAUUGUUCGUGCUAAAUGCGAACAAGAUUUUAUGGUUAAAAAUAUCGAUAGGUUUAAAGUCGACUGGCUAAUCAAUAAACACAGACAAUCGAUUUUUGUGGCUUCAUUGAAUAUGGUUCUUGAUCAUGUCAAGUCAAUUGUUACAGAGGAAAACAAAUGUUACAACUUUUAUUUCAGUGGCCAGGAUAAAAAGUCGACUGGCUACGUGAAGAUGGAUCUAGUAUCGGAGUCCAUCAUCGAAUAUUAA